CUCAGCUUCCUGAGUGGUGGGAUCAUAGGUAUGUACCACCACACCUGGCGCUACCUAUCUUGCUUAACAGAAAGGAACACCGAGGCCUGAGGCGGACAGUGUUGGCCAGGGCUGGGCCUGUGGUCCCGACCCCACUGGUGCCCACUCCGCAUGGUGAUGAGGCCACCCUUCAUCUCUCGCUUCUUGCCCUCUCCCCGCACAGGGCCUGUACUUGGUCUAUCACCCCGUGCAGCUCUCCACUCCCCAUGCCACAGGCACCCUGCUGCUCGGCCUGCUGGGUUACUACAUCUUCCGAAUGGCCAACCAUCAGAAGGACUUAUUUCGCAGGACGGACGGGCGCUGCCUCAUCUGGGGCAAGAAGCCCAAGGUCAUCGAAUGCUCCUACACGUCUGCCGACGGGCAGAAGCACCACAGCAAGCUGCUGGUGUCGGGCUUCUGGGGCGUGGCCCGCCACUUCAACUACACGGGCGACCUAAUGGGCAGCCUGGCCUACUGCCUGGCCUGCGGUGGCGGUCACCUCCUCCCCUAUUUCUACAUCAUCUACAUGACCAUCCUGCUCACUCACCGCUGCCUCCGUGAUGAGCACCGCUGUGCUAACAAGUACGGCCGUGACUGGGAGCGCUACAGCACGUCGGUGCCCUACCGCCUGCUGCCCGGGGUCUUCUGAGGGCCUUCCCCAGGGAGGCUUUAGCAAGGUGUGGAGCUGGCCAUGGGGCUGGCAUCCCCGCUUUCCCCGUAGGGGCCUCAGUUUCCACACCCAGAGAAUGGUCAGCUUGGUGCUGUGCAGGUGUCUAGCCUGUAGCAAAGUUCUUUCCCAUCUUCCCCAGGGGAAAGCCGAGCUUGUGCCUUUCCACCAACAGAAAUGACUAGUUUUCUCUAUCCCAAGGGCAGAGGACUUUAGCCCUUUCCUAACGGCUCUGCUCCGUCGGGAUCCCCCUGUCCACGCUGCCCAGGUAAUGGGUGUCUGAGGUGCAGCAGGCUCCUGUAGACAGUAGCACCAUUUCCUGCCGAGUCAGCCGAAGUGGAUCUACAGUGUGCUGGUUGGCAAAGCUGCCUUUCCUCAUCCGCUCUGAGGUGGGGCUGGGCCCCUGGGCCCUUCCUCCUCUGCAGCAUGCAGUGUUGAUGGGUCAGCAGAGGACACCCCCCUCCAGCUUUGCAAGGGGAAACCAUUUCUGUUUCAGUUAUGUGUGGGGUUUCAGUUUCUCGUUUCUACCCCACAGCUGCCAGGCAUCGCCUGGGACGUCCAGAGGCACUGUCCUCUGCAUAGGUCCUGGCUAACCUCUGCCAAGGUCUUUCUGACAUAAGAGAGGGUUCCCAGUGCUAGACUCCAUGGGAAACCCCCAGCAGCUUGCCUGGCUGCCCUCUUCCAGAAGGUGCCUCUUGCUUACCCCAGAGAACAUACUCAGCCCAAGAUGCAUCACCAGCCAGGGGCCUCAGCCACACCUUCCCCAGCAGGAGUUCUGGUGUUGGGUAGGGGACCUCUUCUCAUCAGGGACACUGUCCCCAAACCUCAGGGUAUUCUGUAAAAUCUAGAUGAGAUUAUCCUAGCCUUGCUGAUAAUUCUUUAUAUUAAACUCCCCCUGUUAAAAAAAAAAUUGCAUUGUACCGUUUC